CUCUGUUAGCGUGUUUGGAACAUCUAGCGUCCUGAGAGGAAGAAAUGUCCUAGAAAAGUGUUCAGAUUUGCAUUUUCUCUUCAUCAUCUGACUCUUGGAUGUUUGUAAAAUGUCCGGGGCUCAGGAUCUUUCAGCUUGCCCUGAGGUGGUCCAGCAGCUGUCAACGAGUAAAGAAGAGGUUUCCUCUGAGCAACAGGGGUGGAGCUCCAGUUUGAACCAAAAGAUUAAAGAAGAACCAGAGGAACUGUGGAGCAGUCAGGUGGGAGAGCAGCUUCAAGAGCCUGAGGGGGAUAAUAUUAUCAAGUUCACUUUUGUUCCCGUGAAGAGUGAAGAUGAUGAAGAGAAUCCUCAGUCCUCACAGCUUUAUCAAAGACAGACUGAACAGAUGGAAGCGGGAGCUGAUGGAGAGGACUGUGGUGAAGCAGAGGCAGCCAGGUACUAUGAUCAAGACACUGAGGUCAAGACUGAUGACUCCUCUGAUCCUGAGACUGAUGACAGCACUGAUUGGAGGGAGGCAACAGAACACCAGACAGUUAAGACUUCACAAGUGUGUUGACCAUCAAGUUUCAGAGCCUCUUCAGAACCAAAUUGAGGAGAAUAAAGACAAUGAAACAAGAACUAUUGGAGAGCGCAGUGCAGGACCAGCAGCAGCCAGGAGCUCAGAUCCAGAGAGACAUUUACAAUCAGAGACUGAGAUCAAGACCGAAGACUUCUCUGAACCUGAGACUGAAGACACUUGUUAUUGGAAGGAGACCAGAGAACAUCCAUAUCUUCUACCCUCUGCAAAGUAGUGAAUUUCUUUCAUUGACUUCAAAUGUGGUACUGCUGAGAGACCACUCUUAGUGUGAUAAUACAUUCAGCUGGAAAUAUCUCUUGAAGAUGCACAAAACCUUACACAGAGAGAAACCAUGUUCAGAUGAAACAUUUCAUUUUAAAUGCUGAUGAUUUCAGUUUUUUAUUUAUUUCAUUUUUUGACAAACAAUGUCUGCUCAGAUCUUCUGAGGAAAAACAAACUUUCUUUUCAAACAUAAACCAGACCAAACCAACAUCCACUCAGAAUUCAGGGACAUUGAAAACCCCACAGCCUACUCUAUCAUAUUAGCACAUUUUCCACAAAUAUGCUGAACAAGUACUUUCUUCACAUUUUAACAAAAACAUGAUUUGACUUUUGAAACUGUGAUAAUGAAAGACGAAGAUCAUAUGGACAAAAGGUUUAGAAAGUCAAAUUUAAUUCUGGCAUCCUUUAAGGAGAAAUGUCUCAGUUUUUAGCCAGAGUAUGCAACAGCUGAUGUUGCACAAAAAUGAGUGUUAGCAUCUUCAGUAGCUUUGAGUUAUACACAGGGGCAAGAAAAAAAUACGUGAACCCUUUGAAAUGAUCUAGUUUUCUGCAUAUGCCAAAUAAUUAUACUAUUUUAAGUCUUCAUUGAACACAACCAUUAAACAUUCACAGUGUUGCUGGAAAAAGCAUGUGAACAUUGGAUUUCACCUCCUUUGGCAGAAAUAACAUCAACCAAGUGUUUCUGGUAUCUGCUGAUCAGACCUGCACAAUGUUCAGGAUGAUUUUUGUUACCACUCUUCUUUACAGAACUGCUUCAGCUCAUCCAUAUUCUUAGGCUGUCUGGUGUGAACAGCUCUCUUCAGGUCAUUCCACAGCAUCUCUAUUGGAUUCAGCUCUGGACUCUGACUGGGCCACCCCAAAAGUUGGAUUUUUUUUAUUUUUAUUUUUUAAGCCAUGCUGUAGUAGACUUACUUCAAUGUUUAGGUCAUUGUCCUGCUGCAUCACACUUAUUCAGAGCUUCAGCUAGGGGACAGCCAUCCUGACAUUGUCCUGUCGGAUACUUUAAACUUGGGGAUUCAUUUUCCCCUCAAUGAUGGCCCAGGCCCAGGCUCCAAGGCAGCAAAGCAGCCCCAGAUCAUGAUGCUCCCUCCACGGUACUUCACUGUUUGGGUGGUGUUCUUAUGUUGGUACACCAUAGUGUAGGGCUGCGUGUUCAGAACCACAGUCCACAGAAAAUUUUCCCAGUAGUGUUAUUGGAUGUCAACAUCCUCCUUGGUAAACUUCAGGCAUGCAGUGAAUUUUAAUUUUUUUUAUUUUAUUUUUAUUUUUUUUACAAAGUAGCGAUUUCCUCUGUGGUGUCCUGCCAUGGACACGGUGCCUAUUCAAUUUUAUACGCGUGGUAGACUUCUGAACAGAGAUGUUGAUUUGUUCCAAUGAUUUCUUUAAGCCUUUAGCUGUUACUCUAGGGUGUUUUUUUUUUUUUUUUUUUUACAUCUCUGAACAUUCUGUGUUGGGCCCGAGUCAACCUGGCUGGCUGACCACUUCUAGGGAGAGGAGCCACAGCACUUUACCAUCUCUAAUUGUGGACAGUUUGUCUGACUGUGGACAGUUGAAUACCUAAAGUCUGAGAUAACUUCUUAACCCCUUCCAGUCUUACGCAAUUGAACAAUUCAUGAUUGAAGAUCUUCUGAGAUCCCUUUUCCUUGCGAGGCAUGGUUCACAUCAGCAGAUGCGUCUUAUGAAGCUCAAACUGAAAACAUUUGAGUUUUUUUAUAAGUCAAAAUAGCUCUAUGCUUGGCUCAAAUCUCCUUUAAUUGAUUGGGCUUCAGAAGGGCUAACUCCUGACUCCAAUUAGCUCUGUUUGGAGCCUUUAGCCUAAGUGUUCACUUACAUUUGUCCUGCAACACUGUGAAUGUUUAAUGGCUGUAUUUAAUAAGACAAGAAAUAUAUAAUAAUUUGUGUGUUAUUAGGUUAAGCACAUUUUGUUAGUCUAUACUUGUGACUUCGAUUGCAGAUCAGAUGACAUUUGAUGACCAAUUAAUGCAGAAAACGAGAUCAUUUCAAAGGGUUCACAUACUUUUCUUGCCACUGUAGUAAUACAAAUUAGUAACUGUGGUGAUCUUAGAACUAAAACUCAGAUUAAACAGAAUUGUGAAUGUUUUUUUUGCUAUGAGACUGUUUUCUUUUUCUUCUAAAUAAGAUAUGAAUGGUAAAUUGCUGAUACUUUUACUUACAUGUUACAGAAAGCCAUUUUUGGUUUAAUCUGUGAGCAGAAAUUAUUUUCAUCUGAAGUUUUACCCCUGCCUUAUCAUUUCUGACUGCUAUUGUUUUCUUUAAAUUUGAUAAAAUUGCUCAUAAUCUUUUGUUGUUCUCCUUAAAUUGGAUGACAGUAAAUUAGCCAUCAAAAAUAUUUUAAUACGUUGUUUUGUCGUGCAUCAGAUUCAAGAAGAACUGUCUCAUCAACCCUGUACAUUAAACCUGGAGAUCAACUAUCCACGAUGACAGCCACCAUCCUUUAUCUAUCAGAAGUAAUUCCUAGCGCAAGCUUAAACCCUGUCAUAGCACAAUCUCUUAUUAUCUCACUGUCAUUCAUUCUUAAGGAUUUAGUCAUCUUAAAUUCCUAUUUGUUGUUCUUUUCAUUCAGGUUAUUCACAAUUCACUGGUAUAAUAAUUGCAAACAUUAAAUAACCAUUGCAUAUGUGAUCACCUAUUAUUUUUUAUCAUUGGUUUGUAAUAAAUAUUC